AUUCUUCUCCUAAACUAGGAUGAAAAUGCAUGCUGGGAGAUAAAGAAGCUGAUUGCGCAUGCUCCAGUCAGGUGUCAGUUUUGGCGACGGAGGUUGCAGGGGACAGUUUGGCAUCAUGUCCCGUCGAAAACAAGCCAACCCAAGGCCCAUUCAAGUUUUUGAAGGAAAGAAUGGGACAGAGGAAGACAGUAUUAAAAACACAGACCUGGAACAGAAUAAAGACGAGAUGAAAUCACUUCAGCCUCUAAACGUGGAUGUCAACUUACCAACCCAGUUUCACUCCAGCUUAUCGGUACAGUCUAAUUCAAAUAGUGAAGAUGGUAUGUCUAGAGUCGCCUCCCCUGGUGAUAAUCCAUCAUCAUUACUUACCUCACCAUCUACUCCGUCCAGUAGUCCUACCUUAGAUCAGCCACUACUAAAUAAACUUAAAGAUGCCAGCAAGAUAUUGCCAAUAGCAGGAAGAGAUGGGCGAUCGACUUACAUCUGUCCUAUGUGCCAAGAACAUUUAUCCUCAAACCAUGAUCUCACUGUUCAUAUUAGAAUGCACAAUGCAGGAAACCAAAUGAGUCAAAAUAAUACUUGUACAAUUUGUAAUAAAAUACUGAGUUCUCAGAGUUCACUUGAUAGACACAUGCUGGUGCAUUCAGGAGAGAGGCCUUUUAAAUGUAAGAUCUGUGCCAUGACAUUCACCACAAAUGGCAAUAUGCACCGCCAUUCCAGAAUUCAUCAGAAAAAUGGUACGGGUGUAGGCUCCCCAAGAACCCACAAGCGCUCGAACUCAAAAUCUGCCUGGAAGGAAAAAUUGUUUUCCACCUCCACAGACGAAACAGACUUAGAUGAGGCAAUGGGAAAACAUGUUCCUGAAAAACAAGAAGAAUCAUCAGUCUUGACUAAGUCCGCACCACCAAAUCUCGAUUGGACAAGAGAUGCGCAGAAACCAUCAAUACUUCAUAAAAACAAAAUUAUGCCUGGUUAUAUGCCAAGACCAAUAUGGCCUCCGUAUCCACCCUACAUGCCUUUAAUGAGACCACCAUUUCCUAUUUAUCCUGAUAUGUCCAUGAGUUUUUCUCCGUAUAAUCAACAACUACCAUGUCCCCUGUGUAGUAAACAUGUUCUUCUUGUGGAUUAUAUGACUCACUUGAAAACUGAACACAAUCACGAAAACCCUUUCCUCAAUACACCGUUAGGUAAAACCACUGAUACACCAAGUAAAGAUGACUUCAGUAAUGAGGAACCAAUAAAAGAAGAGAAGGGAGAGACUGAAGAAAUGGAAGAGACUGGGGGAACACCAUCAUCAUCUCCAACUCCCUCACCAACCCCAUCACAAUCAUCAUCUCCAUCACCAUCCCCAAAAUCAACCAAGAGUGGAUUUGAAGAUAUCGACUUCAUCGAUUUCACAACUCCUAAAUUUCCUCUAGUUGCGAAGACGUGGUGUGAACAGCAUGAAAGAAAUGCAGGAAACACUCAACAGGAAUUCAUUUGUAAAGAAUGUGGAAAGGCAUUCCCAUGUAACAGUGCACUGAUGCUCCACACCGAUUCUCAUCUAGAAAGUAGAUCCCACGAAGCAUCAGAAAUACAAUCUGAUGAUGUUCUACCACGAAAGCUUGGUGAAGAGAACAAAAACUCAUUUCUUUCUAUGUUGGAUCUAAAACCUAAGGAAUCUGAGAUUGAUAAUGCAAAAGUUUCUGUUAAAAUUGAAAAAAUGGAUGAGGAAUCGCAAAACUCACCUGCUGUUACACCCACUAAAGAAACAUCAGAUAUCAACCAACCACAUACUGCCAUCAAUUAUUUUAAAGGUCUAUUCCCCUUUAAUGUAAGUAAUAUGCCGUUAAGCGGCCAAAGAAGUAUGUUGCAUGCUGAUUCACCGCUAGCUGUAAGCACAAGUCCCGCCUCCUCUAUUUUGUCGGGUGACGGUACAGGAAGUUGUGGUGAUGUGCAUGAUGGGAAGGCUACUGGUUUGUUAUGUAAAUUUUGUGAAAUGGUGUUUCCUAAUCAGAAAACGCUUAAUGCACAUAAAAGAAUCCACAUGGGUUUAUCACCAUAUCAAUGUAGUAUGUGUAAUUACUCUAGUGCUGAUAAGAGUACACUCAUAAGGCAUUUUAGAACACAUAAUGGAGAACGACCAUUUCAGUGUAUUAUCUGUGAUUAUGCUUUUACUACCAAGGCUAAUUGUGAGAGACAUGUCAAGAAGAAGCAUCUUAAGACCGAAAAGCAGGAAAUUGAGAAGUCUAUUGGUUAUAAUAAAUACACAACAUCGGAACGUGAACGUAACCAAAUUAAUUCAUUCCAUUCACCAGACACAGUGUGUAAAUAUUGUGGUGAAGAUUUUAAAUUCUUCCGAGCCUUAAAACAUCAUCUACGUUCUCACAGUAGCUGUCGACUCAAACCAUUUCUGUGUCAAAAAUGCCAGGUUGGAUUUUCUACCAAGGCUAAUUGUGUAAGACAUAUUCAGAAACAACAUACAGAAAUUGAUCAGUCUGAUAUAGAACAACUAAUACAAGUUAACGAGCUGACGACAGCUAUGGAUAUAGAUUCGGACAGUUCUCAAUCAGAUAAUAAUAAUCUUUUUCCACAAAAUCAUUUUGUGAAAGCUCCACCUUCAGCUUCCCCUUCAACCCACCCAGCAUUCAACACUGGUUUUACUCCUUUGAUUGGUCAGAAUCUUUUAAAACAUGAGAUAAGCAGAAGUGAAGCACCAUUAGAUUUUAGUGUGAAGCGUGAAGAUGGUGGUUUGAGUAAGUCACGUGUAUGUCAUGAUACCUCGGAUAUUAAUGACAAUGAACCCAUGGACUUAUCUGUAAAGAAAGAAUAUGGAACACCCGAGGAAAAGAAGCUAAAACAAACAGAAAUCUCACCAAUACAUCAUUAUCAGUGUCCAUUUUGCUUGCGAUCUUUUGCUGUUCGUUCGGAACUCAGUCUUCAUGUUCAACAAGUCCACGAUAUCACACCAGAGAAAGAUACUAAUAACAACCGCAAGUGGCUGCAAGAAACAUCGACACCUAGAAAAUUACCUAUAAUGCCCUAUCCCAUCCAUCCAGCUUUUGCUAAAUACAGUCCGUAUCCAAACCAGGCAAUCAGUGCACUGUUUAGUCCAGGUUUUGAUAUGAAUUCGGAUCUUGCCCCUGUAAAUAGAAUGCUGACUGCUGCUCAGUCUCAAAACUUCAAGUCUUUUUUAAACCAGUCUAGAGAAAAUGAAUUGAGUAAUCAUACAUUAGGUAGUAAUGUUGAUGAGGAAGAUAAUGAUGUAGAUAAUAUAGGAUGUGAUUCCGAUGUUUUCUCUGAUGUUGAAGACAACUCUCUAGAUAAGACUGAUAAUGUAAAUAUCAAUACAACACCAAGACCAGAUAACUCCAAUGAUGUUAAAACAAAGUCUUUAGAGUUACCUGACACUGGUGUAAAGAAAAAACGUAAUUCCUAUGCUGAUUCUCCACAUAAAUUAAAUUGUCCCUAUUGUCCCAGAUCUUUCCCUUGGGUCAGUUCUCUAAACAGACAUCUUCUAACACAUACAGGUCAAAAGCCAUUCAAGUGUUCUCGAUGUCCUGUGACAUUCUCCACCAAAUCAAACCGCGAACGCCAUCUAAUACGUAAACAUGGUGUUAAUAUGUUAGAUCCAGCUUCACGUCUGACAAUGGACAGGCCUUAUAAAUGUCAUCUUUGUGUCUUCAGUUCAUUCGCCACUAAGAGUAAUUUAUUAAAGCACUAUUCUGAUCGUCAUCCUGAAAAUCCUGUACCAGAAAGAUUAUCUAGAUGUGAUAUUAGUGAUAUGGAAACACAUCAAUCACAGUUAGAUGAUUCAUUGAAUGAAAACAUGAUAAUAAAUGAUGAUAGUAAAAUAUCUUAUGAUGAAACCGAGGAGCAGACAAGUAAUGAUCUAGAGCCAGGUUCUGUUUCCCCAGAAGAUAAAGAUGAUGUUAUUGUUAUCAGUCCAAGAUUAGAAGAACAUACAACCAAGGAGGCACCAUUGUCCGAUGAUGACGAUGUUAACAAUAACGUAGAUCCGUUUGUUUUUAGUGGAUCAGCUGAGAAACAUAUCAAUCCUGAACGUGACAACUACAAUGUUGAUAAAAUUACAAACUGCUGGAAAUGUUCCGAAGAAUUUGUCUCCAGAAAGCUGUUAGUACGACAUCUAAAGGAGCACAACAUCGACUUACCUUAUAAAUGUUAUCUUUGUGAUGCGUCUUUUGAUGUUAGAAUAGAAUGUUUAAAACACAAGGAAAAGAACCAUGCUAGCGAUUGGUCAAUAUUACAUGAAAAGAAUGGUGUGAAGAAUAUUGAUGAAUUUUCAAGCCAGAUUGACAAUAUGGUGUCUAAAAGUAGUGCUUUAGAUUUUGAUGUUGAAACUAAAGAUUUGUCUAUAAAUAUGGCAAUAGAAUCAUCAAGAGCAGAUGUUUUAACAGCUGAUUAUUUUCAACGUAAAGUGUAUUGUUCUCUCUGUCCUAAACGAUUCUGGUCUUUACAGGAUUUACGUCGUCACAUGAGAUCUCAUACAGGUGAGAGACCAUUUGAAUGUGAUAUAUGUCAUAAACGAUUUACGUUAAAACAUAGUAUGAUGAGACAUAGACGUAAACAUGGUAAUAAUGGUCUAGAUUCUACUCUAGAUGAUACAGAUAAUUAUUAUACUGAUGAACCACCAAGUGGGUCGUUUUAUUCACCUCGUGUACCAGUAUCUGUAACAAUGCCCCAAGUUCUACCUUAUAAACAGGAGAUAGAUAAUGUUAUUACUAGACAUAAACUUGAUACAUCCGAUGAUAAUCAAAGUGAAGAAGGGGAAAGUCCGGACAUUUUACAAAACCUGCUAGGCGUUGACACCACAGCUCUAAACACCAUGCUGGAUCUCAAAAACUCAUUAGAUUCCACUACACAGUUACUUGGUAUGGCCGAUAACAGUUAACUGUUUGCCUUUUAGAUAGAAACUCAUUAGAUUCCACUACACAGUUACUUGGUAUGGCCGAUAACAGUUAACUGUUUGCCUUUUAGAUAGAAACGGUCAUUUUUAUAUGAGAAUCAGCAUAUUUUUUACACAUUUACAGAGAAUAAAAGAAAACACAUCAUUAUAUUAUCAUAUAUCAUCAUGCAAUACAUUUAUUUACUUAGUGUUAAUUACAAUACAUUGUAUUAAUGAUUAUGUCUCUUAAGAAAUUGUGAUUCACUAUGCUAAGUAUUAAUUUAUUUGUUUUUUUUUAUUUAUUAAUUACAUUUGAUAAAAUAAUGAAAUGUGGAAGUUUAUUAAAGUAAUUAAAAUGAAUUAUUAGCUAUUAUUCAUAAUUUAAUUAGACUCCAUAUUUAUUAUAAAUAUUAUAUAAUUUAUUUAUAGUAUUAAUAUUUAAAUAAUAAACAUAGGGCACCAUCUUCUAAGAUAAUAUUUCCUUAGCUUAUUAUAUAGAUUAAGAUUUUUUUUUGAAUAGCCCAGUAACUAUGCAAAUUCUUACAAAGAUAAUUACUUAAUUAUUCAGAUAUUAUUAUGAAUUAGAUCUGUAUAUUUCUACCAGAAUAACUCAAAAAGAUGUAGAUCUUUUUUUUCUUUUUUUUAAUGUUGAUUUUUCAUUAUUUAUUUUGCUGAUAGUUCCUUCUGUGGAUACCAUUCAGAUGUAUUAAUUAAAACAGCAUUAUUAUAUAUGUAAAUAAAAACAAUUUUAUAUAUUUCUAUCAAUAGAAGCAUAUCUAUCCUUUCAGUAGAAUUGCGUCCAGAAUUGUAUUAAUUAUGCAAAUAUGUCUAAAUAUAGUGUGAAAUAAUUUAAAUUAUGCUAAUUUAUACAUGGUAUUUAUGAUAUAGCAGAUCUAUGUAAUAUUUUGAAGGUCUGUUUAAUAUAACUGCUGAAAUAUAUAUAUAUAAUAAAUAUAUAUAUAUAUUAAACAUGUUGUAUACUGCUGUGACUCUUAA